UUCGCCGGGCUUUACCUAAUCCUACAUUUUCGUUUAAAGGAUAAGGAAUAUCUCCGGCACUGACUCACCGUCUCCGACGGGAUUUGUAUGUAAAAGUUUCACAUAUCUCGCUCUCAGUUCCUCAUUUCCUUAAGCUCCGAGCAAUGGCUGCAGCAAUGGCCAGCAGCUGUUUCUCUGCCUUCGACUCCGCCCUUAAAUUCCGCUCCUCAUUUCCCUCCCGGUGCCGCCCGACCACGUCGCAGCGAUCAAUUGCUUCGCUCACUCCUACAGCUAUCGGUGACCGGAGAAACGCUUCCGGCUCUAAACGACGCACCUCUUCGGCCGCUUCUUUUUCUUCUUCUGGCAACUUCGACGUCGAGAGGGAACCUGGACUACGUGAUCCAUUUCUUCGAAAAUCAAAAGAUGGCAUACCACUGCUGCAUCGGAGAGAGAACAGUGCUCAAAGAAAUCCUGGCCGACUGCAGACAGAAGCUUAUAAAUCAUUUGGCAUGCAGAGGAAAGAUAAAAAAGAGUUGGUUAAUGCAAUUGAGGAGCAGGUUGAAUCAGGGAAUCUCCAAGGUGCAGCUUUCCUGAAUGCUGUUGUGAAGGUUUAUUGUACACAUACUGCUCCAGAUUAUUCUCUACCAUGGCAGAAACAAAGGCAGUUUACAAGUACUGGGAGUGCCUUUAUGAUUGGUGAUGGUAAACUCUUGACAAAUGCACAUUGUGUUGAACAUGAUACACAGGUCAAAGUAAAGAAAAGGGGAGAUGAUACCAAGUAUGUAGCCAAGGUUUUAGCCAGAGGAGUUGAUUGUGAUAUAGCUUUACUUUCAGUUGAAAAUGAGGAGUUUUGGAAAGGAGCUGAACCUCUAAAGUUUGGGAAUUUGCCUAGCCUUCAGGAUGCUGUGACUGUUGUGGGGUAUCCCCUCGGAGGAGACACCAUAUCGGUGACAAGGGGAGUUGUGUCACGUAUUGAGGUUACGUCCUAUGCUCAUGGGUCAUCAGAUCUGUUGGGCAUUCAAAUCGAUGCUGCUAUAAAUCCUGGUAAUAGUGGUGGUCCUGCAUUUAAUGACCAAGGGGAAUGCAUUGGAGUGGCAUUUCAGGUUUACAGAUCUGAAGAAGUUGAGAACAUUGGAUAUGUUAUUCCAACGACAGUUGUAUCUCAUUUUCUGAAUGACUAUGAAAGGAAUGGGAAAUAUACUGGUUUUCCUUCUCUUGGAGUUUUAUUGCAGAAGUUGGAAAAUCCAGCAUUACGUGCUUGUUUGAGGGUGAAGUCAAAUGAGGGUGUAUUGGUGCGGCGAGUAGAACCCACAUCUGAUGCUAAUAAUGUCCUAAAAGAGGGAGAUGUCAUUGUUAGCUUUGAUGAUAUUAAAGUUGGAUGUGAAGGAACAGUACCUUUCAGGACUAAUGAGCGUAUAGCAUUUCGAUACCUUAUCAGUCAAAAAUUCGCUGGUGAUGUUGCAGAGCUUGGUAUUAUAAGAUCAGGAGAGCUUAUCAAAGCCAAAGUCAUUCUCAAUCCACGCGUGCACUUGGUUCCAUUUCACGUUGAUGGUGGACAACCCUCUUAUCUGAUAAUUGCUGGCUUGGUGUUUACUCCACUCUCUGAACCCCUAAUAGACGAAGAAUGUGAAGAUUCUAUUGGGUUGAAACUGCUGGCGAAGGCACGCUAUUCCUUGGCAAGUUUCAAAGGGGAACAAAUAGUGAUCCUGUCUCAGGUCCUGGCUAACGAAGUGAAUAUUGGAUACGAGGAUAUGGGAAAUCAGCAGGUUUUAAAACUGAAUGGAACUCGAAUCAGAAACAUCCAUCACUUAACACACCUUAUCGAUACCUGCAAGGACAAGUUCUUGGUUUUUGAAUUUGAAGAGAACUACAUUGCGGUUCUCGAGAGAGAGGCUGCUAUUGCAGCUUCGUCCUGCAUACUCAGAGAUUACGGUAUUCCAUCCGAAAGGUCCUCGGAUCUUUUGGAGCCAUAUGUAGAUAUAUCAGGAGAUGAGAAAGGAAUGGUAGAUCAAAAUUACGGUGAUAGUCCCGUCUCCAAUGUCGAAAUAGGCUUCGAGGGACUUCUUUGGGCAUAGUCACACAAAAUCUUGCUACUUCAUCUAAAUUCUUACCUGCAGAUAUGAUAUGUACGUUUGCUUAGAUGUUGCAGGCCACUAGAGUCGAUGAGGCUCGACUGCGGUUGGUCCGGUUACUUACAGCAGGUAAUUUCAUUGUAUUCUCUCUCCCUUGUUUGUGGGUUACAAAUUUAUUAGCUAAUGGAAAAGGGGAGCCAAAGUUUUGCAGAAUAAUAAUCAACCAUUGAUGUAAAAAUAUUAGUGUUAAAUACAUUAUUCUUUUCUAUCUUCCAA